UGCGUUUCUUGGGCGCACCCUUGUCGCUGUAAAGCUCUGCUGCUGUGUUGUGUCAUGGCGUCGCGCUGCAGCGGCCUGUCCGGUUUUAUUGCUUUACAGAUCUCACUUCGGUGCUUCUUAAAUGGCUGUCUUGUUCGCGAAUGAUCGCGGGUGGCUGCUGGACUCCUGUUCUCUCAUAAACGAAGGUUUAGAGCGCUGUUUUAGUGUAAAGAAGGGCUUCUUCAGGUGCCGCUUCAGCAAACGCUACUACAGCCUGUCCCGGCCUCGCGUGGCGGGCAGAGGCGGGUCUGACGCGCUGAGCGGCGGUGGUCUGUUAAACACGGAGGCGCCCGAGAGAGACCACCUGCAGGCACGCAAGAAAAGGAAGCGGAAACGGAGUGAUCUCAAUCAGGGGGAGUUGGACGCUGAAGCCUUCCAUGAAAAGUUUAGGUUGUUGGUUCUGGAGGGCAGUCAGCCUCUCAUUCAGGCUGGACAUCACUGCGGUUACCUAACAGAAGCUUUACAUACAGAGCCAACUAAACAACCACCAGGUCAUGUGUGCCAGCUGGCUGCUCUGUGUGACAUGGCCAAGCAGCUGCUUCCAGUGGAGGAUGCUGGUACAGUAUCUGUCCAGGCUGUUAAGGGACAUGCAGAUUUGGAUUCACACCUUGAUCUGUUCUCACACCUUACAGAAAACAGCUAUAGCUCUGCACGGGAGGUCACGCUAAUGGGAGAGAUUUAUUUUCUGCCUCCCCGCAGCCGCUUCCUGUUGUCUGAUUUCACACGCUUAGAGCCACUGGUCAACAGUGGAGAGAAAUUCGACCUAAUAGUUCUUGAUCCUCCAUGGGAAAAUAAGUCUGUGAAAAGAAGCAAAAGAUACGGUUUCCUGCCGUCAUCUCAGCUCAAACAACUUCCUGUCCCAGUGAUGAGUGCAGCAGGAUGUGUGGUGGUUACUUGGGUAACCAACCGUCCUCGACAUCUUCGCUUCGUCAGAGAGGAGCUCUACCCUUACUGGGGAGUGAAGUUGAUAGCAGAGUGGCUGUGGGUCAAGGUGACCCAGACAGGAGAGUUUGUUUUCCCUCUGGACUCGCCACACAAGAAGCCGUAUGAAGUACUGUUUCUUGGCAGGUUCUGUGCCAACAGUGACAGCACAACUAGGCCUGAAGAGUGUGAGAUCCCAGAUCAGCGGCUCAUAAUUAGCAUUCCCUCAGCACUGCACUCUCAAAAGCCAUCACUGUCAGCUGUGCUGAGACCCUACAUUAGGCACAAUGCCAAGUGUCUGGAAAUGUUUGCUCGAAGUCUACAGCCUGAUUGGACAAGCUGGGGAAAUGAAGUUAUCAAAUUCCAGCACAACAGCUAUUUCACCACCGAGAGCAUGGACAGUGAACGUGAUGCACUUACUGACAGUUCGGAUACAAAUCAGCAAGUGGAUGCUGGGACAGCAGACACAGCUGCCCAGCAGUGAAACUGUGAUCUUUUAUUAAAUAUAAAUGGCACUGCUGUAUUUUACUUUAUUUAAAAUAUAUCCUUUGUAUUAAACUAAUUUUAUACAGUACAUUUAGUCUAUUAGUCCUCUAAUAUUCCUCAACUAGUCCUCAGUUGCUUUCUUAUUGUAUACAAGCUGCAGUAGAGGAUCAAAAGCAAAAGGCAUACUAGUAUUAAACAUUUCUGUAUAAUUAACUGCAAUUCUUUGCUCAUUAUCUGUGAUGCAUUAACUCCUAGAAACACACCCAACACACUACUGAAUAGAGGAAAAGCAAACAUGACAAGCAGGGAAGACCAAAAACAGUUAAAAUAAUAAAUAUAAUAAAGAAAAAAAUAUUUAAUACAACAAAGUCUACACUGUAGGGGUACCUGGCUACACAAAACCUGUUAUGAAUUAAUGGUAAAUGUAUGUUUUCUCAAUGAUGGUAAAAAUCUGUAAAAUUAAAGACAUUUAAUUUCCUAGAAA